AUGCCGGACAAGUUUGACGCCAAGAAAUUCUUCAUCGAUUUGGCUUCAGGAGGUACUGCUGCUGCGAUCUCCAAGACAGCUGUGGCACCGAUUGAGCGUGUGAAGCUUCUUCUGCAGGUACAAGAUGCAUCAAGCACUAUUGCAGUUGAUAAGCGGUACAAGGGUAUCAUCGAUGUCCUCGUUCGCGUGCCAAAGGAGCAGGGCUUCGCAGCCUUGUGGAGAGGAAAUCUCGCCAAUGUUAUCCGAUACUUCCCCACCCAGGCUUUGAACUUCGCCUUCAAGGACACAUACAAGAAGAUGUUCCUGGAGGGUCUCGACAAAAAAAAGGAUUUCUGGAAGUUCUUUGCCGGAAACCUUGCGUCUGGAGGAGCUGCUGGAGCAACAUCUCUCUGCUUUGUGUACCCUCUCGAUUUCGCUCGAACACGUCUCGCUGCCGAUGUUGGUAAAGGUGCAAACCGAGAGUUCAAGGGAUUGGCUGAUUGCUUGGUCAAAGUAGUCAAGUCUGAUGGACCUAUUGGACUGUACCGUGGUUUCUUCGUCUCUGUGCAGGGUAUUAUUAUUUAUCGUGCAGCCUACUUCGGAAUGUUCGAUACCGCUAAGAUGGUGUUUGCAUCCGACGGAAAACUCAACUUCUUCGUCGCUUGGGGAAUCGCUCAGGUUGUCACAGUUGGAUCUGGUAUCCUUUCAUAUCCUUGGGACACUGUUCGUCGUCGUAUGAUGAUGCAGUCAGGUCGAAAAGACGUCCUUUACAAGAACACUCUUGAUUGUGCUAAGAAGAUUAUUGCUAACGAAGGAAUGGGGGCCAUGUUCAAGGGAGCAUUGUCGAACGUUUUCCGUGGAACAGGAGGAGCCUUGGUUUUGGCCAUUUAUGAUGAGAUUCAGAAAUUCCUUUGA